GUACGGAUAUCGUUUUGCAGGGAUAGAUGGGCAUUAUUAGACCUGUCAAACCAGAUUUGCAGAAAGCAAAUCAGUUGGCACCCACAAUACUGUAAAAUGUAUCCAUGCAUUCCCAAUGAAGUGCUUUCCGCGGCGUAUCCCUGUUAAUGCUCGGGAGUGGUGGGCAGUGAGAAGGCAGGCUAUGGCUCGGAAAUCCAAAACUUCACCCCUUAACACGUCCAAUGCCAUUGCUGAAUACAGAGCAAAGCAAUGUUCACAUGAUGGAGUGAAAGCAGGAGCAAAGGCAGCCGCAAUUGCAUUUGUCGCAUCUGCAAUCCCUGUGGUGAUGGGAGCACGGGCCAUUCCUUGGGCAAGGGCGAAUCUCAACUAUGUAGCUCAGGCACAUAUCAUCUCUUUAGUUAGUGGAGCGGCUUAUUUCAUUGUGGCAGAUAAAACUAUUCUGGCCUCUGCCCGGAAAAAUUCCUUUGAAAAGUUGGGUCCUCUGGAAGCAUCGUUCUAAAUGGCAGGAAUAAUUAUGUAUAUGUUUAGUCGAGUCAUGAUGUACACACAUGAAUCGUAGAGAAUGGCAGUCUAGUUUUCAGGACUGAUAAUGCACACCUUCCUGUUUUCCUCAUAGGAAAGACGGUGUAAAUGAGUUAUUGUAGUACUGCUCUUGAGGCACUUAUCUGUAAAUAUUGUUUUGUAAGUGUUGUUUUCAAUUAGAAAAAUUUCAAG